AUGUCACGCGGUGGCCGGAACACGGGAUUUCUCCCACGGGAUCCCACUCCCACAUAUCCAUUCGAUCAAUAUAAUACUCUCGCUUCUUCGAUUCUACAAGGCGCCGGCCUGAACCCUAAUCUCUCUUCCGCCGGCGGAAUCCGCAAACCAUCUACGGCGGCCGCUCAAAACAUAGAGAAGCGACUGAGGGCCCACAUCAUCGGACAGGAGGAAGCGGUGAAGGCGGUCGCCCGGGCCGUCCGCCGCGCCUCGGCCGGGGUCUCCGACCCGAGCCGACCCGUCGCGAGCUUCCUCUUCACGGGCCCGACCGGGUGCGGGAAAACAGAGCUCGCGAACGCCCUGGCGAUCGAGUUCUUCGGGUCGAAGCAGUCGCUGAUCCGGCUCGACAUGAGCGAGUACAUGGAGCGGCACAACGUGGCGAAGCUCUUCGGAUCCCCGACGGGCUACAUCGGUUCCCAGCAGGGCGGCCAACUGACGGAGGCGAUCAAGAAGGAACCCAACUCCGUCGUCCUCUUCGACGAGAUCGAGAAGGCCCACUCCGACGUCUGGAACGCGCUCCUCCAGAUCCUCGACUACGGCACCAUGACGGACGGCCGCGGGCAGAAGUUCGAUUUCGGCGGCGCCAUCGUCGUCCUGACUUCGAACGUCGGACAGGGGGCCGUGAUUCAGGGGAUCCCCAACGACGACGAAGCCGCGGCCAGGGCUCAGGUUAACAAUGCAGCACUGCAGGUUAUGAAGGAGCUGAAGGGGACAUUCAAACCGGAGCUUCUCAACAGAUUGGAUGAGAUUGUGAUUUUCAGGCCGCUGGCGCCGGAGGAUCUGAACAAGAUCAUCGAGAUCAUGUUGAAGAAAUUGGCCGACAGGAUGAAAUCGGGGAAGGGGAUUCGAUUGCAGGUGGCUGAGGGAUUGAAGGCGAAAAUCGCCAAAGAAGGGUACGAUCCCAGCUACGGGGCGAGGCCAUUGAAGAGGGCGAUUAUCCGGCUGGUGGAAGAUCCACUGGCCGAGGCGAUUUUGGAUGGAAGGGUGAAAAACGGCGGCGCAAUUACUCUGUUUCCGGACGGCGACGAGGGCAGUCACAAGCGGCCGCUGUGUUUGGAUGAUGACGAAGAAGAAGAAGCAAGGAAACGCCGGCGGGAAAAGAAAGCGAAAGGGAUUGUGGAUCCUUCCAAGAAAACAGAAAUUAUAGAACUUGAUUAAGGCGGAAGAAUACUCGUUCAUGUUGUUGAAUUUGCUAGUAAGAGUUCAUUCAUGUUUUAGUCUCAAUAUUUAAGUUUUUGUAUAUAUUAAGAAUGCGUUCAAAUCUAGAAUCGCG